UAAAUUAGUCUAAAGUCACGUUUAAUUAGCUUGCUGCAUGUGUGGUACCUUUCUACGUCUCUUUACAUCUGAGUGCAAAGCGAACCGCCGCUUUUGUUUCCAGGUUCGUGUGCUCGGUGUUUUCAAUGGGUUUGCUCAGCCGGCGGAGAAGCUAACAUGGGGGUUGGACGGCAGAGAGUGACCUCUCACAAGAUGUCUCUGGAAAGAUAAGGGACUACAUGCAGAAUGACCAAAGACCUGGCACAUAAUGGGACUGACUGAAGUCUACUGGGACCACCACAUACCCCUGCCAAAGCUUGCUCCAGCUCGGGCCAAAGUCGCCGUGGCCCUGGUGGCACUCCUGUGCUUCGUCAACAGCUAUGACGGGGAGUUUGUGUUUGAUGAUUCGGAAGCGAUUGUCAACAACAAAGACUUGAAGCCAGAGACGCCCCUGAGCAACAUCUGGAGAAAUGACUUCUGGGGAAGCAACCUGAGCAGUAACACUAGUCACAAAUCCUACAGACCUCUCACUGUCUUCACAUUUAGGCUGAACUACCUCAUAGCAGGAGGCCUGCACCCUGUCGGCUUCCAUGUGCUGAACAUCGUCCUCCAUGCUGUCAUAUCCGCCCUUAUGAUCGACGUGUUUGCGAUACUGAUCGGUGGAUUGGCCUACGAUGAGAAAGGCAGGAUACGGAACCACGCUCCUAAGACCUCUCUGCUUGCUGCUGUCUUCUUUGCUGCACACCCAGUUCACACGGAAAGUGUGGCUGGAAUUGUGGGCCGAGCGGACCUUUUGUGCGCUCUGUUCUUCCAGCUCUCUUUCCUCACCUACUGCAAAGCUUUUAACAAAGGGAGUGACAGAGAUGACAAGUUUUCUGUCCAGUGGGUUGUGGUCAGCCUCUUGCUGUGUGCUGCAGCCAUGCUCUGCAAAGAACAAGGCAUCACCGUCUUGGGCAUAAACGCAGCCUUUGAUGUCCUCCUGAUCUGUAAUGUUAAUGUGUAUGAACUCAGCCAGAGGCUACUCCUUAGGAAGAAUCCACUUGAUGUAAGUGAGAUGCUGCGUAUGGGACUGCUUACCCGAUUGGCUCUCAUGGGUCUUGGAGGAUUCCUGAUGCUCUAUGCACGCUGGAGAAUCAUGGGAACGGGACCGCCGGCCUUCACCGAAGUAGACAACCCUGCCUCUUUCGCAGAAAAUAUAUUUCUUAGAAUAGUCAACUAUAAUUACUACUACUCUCUUAAUGCCUGGCUGCUGCUGUGUCCCUGGUGGCUGUGUUUUGAUUGGUCCAUGGGCUGUGUGCCUCUCAUUAAGUCGGCCGCCGAUUGGAGGAUGGUGUGGCUGCUGCUGCUCUGGUGCGUCCUGAUAGGCUUGAUAAGCCAAGCCUUAUGCUCGCAGGACAGUCAGAGGAGGAGGACAUUGACCUUGGGUCUGGUUCUGCUCGUAGUACCCUUUCUACCCGCCUGCAACAUAUUUUUUAGAGUGGGCUUUGUCAUUGCUGAGAGAGUUCUCUACCUGUCCUCUGCCGGCUACUGCCUACUGCUGGCCUACUCCCUGGGACACUGCUGCUGCCGCUGGUCCAAAUACAGGAAGCUGCUGUGUGUCACGACGCUGGCACUGCUAUGCGUGUACGUAGUUCGCUGCGCUCUCCGCAGUCACCAGUGGCGGUCGGAACAAAGCCUCUUCAUCAGUGCCCUGGCUGUCUGUCCGCUCAAUGCCAAGGUGCAUUACAAUGUAGGUAAGAACCUGGCUGACGGAGGGAACACAACUGCUGCUGUUGGAUAUUACCGAGAGGCAGUCAGGCUGCAUCCUACCUAUGUCCACGCAAUGAACAACCUGGGGAACAUCCUGAAGGAGAAGAAUGAACUCAUAGAGGCAGAGGAGCUGUUGUCUAAAGCUGUGUCCAUUCAGCCGGAUUUUGCCGCAGCCUGGAUGAAUCUGGGUAUAGUUCAGAACAGCCUGCGGAAGUUUGAGGCAGCGGAGCAGAGCUACUGGAACGCCAUCCGCUUCCGGAAAAAAUACCCCGACUGCUACUAUAACCUGGGACGCUUGUAUGCCGACCAGAACAGACACGUGGAUGCCCUGAAUGCUUGGAGGAAUGCGACUGUGCUUAAACCUGAACACAGUCUGGCUUGGAACAACAUGGUUAUUCUGCUGGACAACACCGGUAACCUGGGUCAAGCAGAGCUGAUCGGCCGAGAGGCUCUGAGGAUCCUCCCCAACGACUACACCAUCAUGUUUUCCCUGGCUAACGUGCUGGGGAAAUUACAAAAAUACAAGGAGUCAGAGGGCUUUUUUCUUCACGCCCUUCGGAUCAACCCAAAUGCUGCUAGUUGCCAUGGCAAUUUAGCUGUGUUGUAUCACCGCUGGGGGAAGCUGGAGCUGGCAAAGAAACACUAUGAGCUGUCUCUAAAGUUGGACCCCGAGGCUCCUGGGACCAGAGACAACUACAACAUGCUGCGACGUAAACUGGACCAGCUUAAGCGCAGCACGCCCUGAGGAGGCCCACUGGGACCCUUGCUUGCUGUAAAACAAAUUUUUUCCAUUGUUCCACUUGUUUUAUCUCAAUAAUUCUGGCUUUGAAACAAUUCGAAUUAAAGACCAUGAUCUGUG